AUGGCGUUGGAGCAUUGGCUGGCAUUAUCCUGGGGCAUCAGCAUCAGCAUCAGCAUUGGUAUUGGUAUUGGUAUUGGCAUUGGCAUUGGCAUUGGCAUUGGCAUUGGCAUUGGCAUUGGCAUCAGCAUCGGCAUCGGCAUCGGCAUCGGCAUCGGUAUCGGCAUCGGCAUCGGCAUCGGCAUCGGCAUACACAUCAAUAGACGCAUAUGGACGGACAUUUGGGACGGAGUUACGCAUUUGAUUUCACUGGCAUUGGAUAUUUUCAUGGCAUCGCGGAUAGUUUUUGUUUUAGAAUAUGUAUUUGCAUAG